CCACCGUAUAGGGACCGCGGCGCCGCGGGCACUAAAGUUACCGGUACUUUGUUCCGUGUGAUGUCUAUUACCGAUGUCGUUAUGUCGGGGAAGAAGUUUAUGGGAAAUGAUGGCGAUUGGGUAUGCAACAACGGAAAGUGUAGCAAUGUGAACUUUGCAAGGAGAACUCACUGCAACAGAUGUGGGGCAGAGAAGAGUCGAAUGAAGAUAAAAGAUGGAGGCCUGAUCAUUGGAAAACAGAUGGCCGAGAAGAGUCAUGGUUUAUUCAGUGCUGAUGAUUGGCAGUGUAAGAUGUGUGGUAAUGUCAACUGGGCCAGGAGGAAUGAAUGCAAUGUUUGUCACUCACCUAAAUUUGGAAAAAUUGAAGAGAGAACUGGGUAUGGAGGUGGAUUCAAUGAGAGAGGUACAGUGGAAUACAGAGAUGACAGGGGGUCUGAUUCAGACGAAGAAUAUGAUGAGUUUGGUAGAAGAAAGAGGAAAUUUCGCAAAUCUGAUGACCUACCAAAAAGUAUACUCAAAGAGGUAGAUGAAGAGAAGGAAGACGACGAAGAAGAGGAGGAGGAUGACGAAGGCAACCUUGAUGCAUAUAAAUUGGAUUCAGAUGAUGAUGAUGAUGAAGGUGGCGAUCUCUCAGCGUAUGCAUUAGUGGACAGUGAUACGGAACAGAAGUCAUCCAGGCCAGCAGAGUCGUCGUCAUCCGAUGCGAAGUCCGUUUCCUCUCAGCACUCAUCCUACCGGUCAAGGAGUUCCGGUUCUAGCCGGUCCCGGUCAAGAUCUCGAUCCAAGGAUCGCAGAUCCGGUACAUACUCUAGAUCCAGAUCCAGGUCCAGAAGCCGAGAUCGCAGAUGGUCUAGAGAUAAGAAGUCACGUUCCCGCUCCAGGAGUCGAGAUCGCAGAAGAUCAAGAGAUAGGAGGUCACGUUCGCGUUCAAGGAGUCGAGACCGGAGACGAUCUGGGUCAAAGUCAUCUGGUUCAUCAUCAAAGCAUCGGCGGUACUCAAGGUCAUAUUCAAGGUCAAGAUCAAGGUCACCAUUGAGGAAGGAUUACAAGGACAGAGGUUCACGCUACUUCUGAGACCACUACUAGGUUAAAGAUUAUAUUCACCCAGAGCUGUCAGUGAUAUUUCAUUAGAACAUCAAGUUUGGUUUGUGAAGGUACCGUGUGUAAUAAAAAUUAUGUAGGUAAGUCAUUAUAAGGGUAUCACAGAUAGGAAGGUAUGUGGUCUACCGUGUGCAUAUCAGCAAUUAUAGUAGAUUUCAGAUUUGUGUACAUUCAUGCUUUUGUCUACUUAAUGUCUCUUUCUUUCUGUUCUUGCCUGCUAUUCUGCUAUCUUUCAUCUUUUCUCUCUUACGUUCUUUCAC